CGUUUUUGGUCUUUCCGCCAUUUUAUUUUGACGAAGAAACAACAACAAAGUAAGAAACAAGAGGGAGACAAUGGAAGCUAAAUAGCUGUGUGUGUGUGUGUUUGUGUGAGAGAGAAAGGAGAAACGGCACUGGUCUCUUCUGUCUCUCUAGUUUGUCUUUCUCACAAGCUUUCCAUCUUCUCUCCCAUUUCAACUCCGAUUCCGACGCCGAUUCGCACUUUGCGAGGCUACAUUAGGUUCUCAAAAUGGCGGACCAGAAGAACAAAUGGAGCUGGGAUGUGCCUGGAUUUGAACCAAGGAGGACGCUCGAGCACGAUGAUCAUAAGCCUGCCCCGCUAAUUCGUAGGUACUCGAUAUCUUCAUCGGGUUCAUCGCAUUCUGAGCUGUUCAGGCGUGCCUUAGCUCCAAAGCUCCAGAGAUUGCAGGAUAAAGUUGAACUUGCUAGAGAAGGUUAUUUAGAAUUGAGACAAGAAGCAAGUGAUCUACAGGAAUACUCCAAUGCAAAGCUUGAUAGAGUGACACGCUAUUUAGGUGUUCUUGCAGAUAAAACUCGAAAAUUAGAUCAGGCUGCCAUUGAAAGUGAAGCUAGAAUUUCUCCACUGCUAUAUGAGAAGAAGAAACUGUUUAAUGACUUGUUGACUGCAAGAGGAAAUGUACAGUUUUUUUGCCGUACAAGACCAUUAUUUGAAGAUGAAGGUUUAUCUAUUGUUGAAUUCCCUGAUGAUUUUACUAUCCGCGUAACAACUGCUGACGAAAAUGUUUCCAACCCAAAGAAAGAUUUUGAAUUUGACAAAGUUUAUGGGCCUCAUGUUGGACAAGCUGAGCUUUUUGGUGAUGUUCAGCCCUUUGUGCAAUCAGCUUUGGAUGGUUACAAUGUUUCCAUAUUUUCCUAUGGUCAAAGCAGAUCAGGAAAGACACACACAAUGGAAGGAUCCAACCAUGAUCGUGGGUUAUAUGCAAGAUGCUUUGAGGAGUUAUUUGAUUUGUCCAACUCAGAUGCCACAUCUACAUCUCACUAUAACUUUUCUGUGUCAAUCUUUGAAAUCUACAAUGAAAAGAUUAGGGAUCUGCUUACGGAAUUGCAAACUAGUCUACCUAAAAUUCGCAUGGGGCCCCCAGAUUCCCUUGUAGAGCUUGUGCAAGAAAGAGUUGAUAAUCCAUUGGAUUUUUCCAGAGUCUUGAAGCUAGCAAAUCAGCAUAGGGGAAUUGAUAUGUCGAAGUUUUCUCAUCUGAUUGUCAACAUUCAUGUAUAUUACAAUAAUCUCAUUACUGGAGAGAAUAUAUAUAGCAAGCUUUCCCUUGCUGACCUGGCUGGAAGUGUUAGUUUAAUGGCUGAAAGUGAUAGUGAGGAGUGUGGAACAGACAUUUUGCAUGCCAUGACAUCACUUUCAGCGUUGGGAGAUGUUUUGAAUUCUUUAACAUCUACGAAAGAUGUAAUUCCCUAUGAGAACUCUAUGCUGACAAAAGUACUUGCAGACUCUUUAGGUGGAAGCUCAAAAACAUUGAUGAUUAUUAAUGUGUGCCCAAACUUUUCAAAUUUGUCUGAGACAUUAUCAUCUCUCAACUUUUCUGCCAGAGCGCGGAAUGCUGUACCAAGUUUAGGAAGUCUAGAUACCAUCAAGAAAUGGAGAGAUGUUGCAAAUGAUGCACGUAAAGAGUUGUAUGAGAAAGAGAAGGAAAUCACCGAUCUGAAGCAAGAGGUGUUGGCUUCAAAACAUGCACUAAAAGAUGCAAAUGAUCAGUGUGUUCUUCUCUUCAAUGAAGUACAGAAGGCGUGGAAAGUUUCCUUUACCCUGCAAUCAGAUUUAAAGUCAGAGAAUAUCAUGCUUUCAGAGAAAUAUAUGCUAGAAAAGGAUCAAAAUACUCAGCUGAGAAAUCAAGUGGCACAACAACUGCAAUUGGAGCAAGACCAGAAGUUACAGAUCCAACAGCGUGACCUGACAAUUCAAACUUUGCAAGACAAACUUAAGAGUGUUGAGUUGCAGCUCAAUGAAGCCUCUCGUGUGAAAAACCUUGCCCCAGAAACAAUAUCUGUGGCUCAGCCCAACUCCAAAACAACGGAUGAUAGUAUAGAGUCUGGGGCAGUUACAAAGAAACUCGAAGAGGAACUGUUAAAGCGUGAUGUUCUCAUUGAGAGGCUGCAUGAAGAAAACGAAAAACUGUUUGAUCGAUUGACAGAAAAGGCAAAUCUUGCUGGAACUCUUCAGGUGUAUACUCCAUUGCCCAGUGCAACACCAACCACUAUACAGACUCAGGAUGUUGGAAGGAAUGUCGGAAAUAAUAAUGGACGAUCUCCUCAUGGUCCUUCUUCACCUUUGGCAAGUGAUAAAAAUGAAGGCACUGUUGCUUUGGUUAAACCAACUACAGAGAAGAUCAAGACAACCCCUGCUGGAGAAUACCUUACUGCUGCUCUAAAUGAUUUUGAUCCUGAGCAAUACGACAGUCUUGCUACCAUAUCUGAUGGAGCCAACAAGCUUCUAAUGCUGGUCUUGGCAGCAGUAAUUAAAGCGGGUGCUUCAAGAGAGCACGAAAUACUCGCUGAAAUAAGAGAUGCUGUUUUCUCUUUCAUUCGUAAAAUGGAGCCAAAGAGGGUAAUGGACACCAUGCUAGUUUCUCGCGUUAGAAUUUUGUACAUAAGAUCACUGCUUGCCAGAUCACCAGAGCUUCAGUCAAUCAAGGUAUCGCCUGUUGAACGAUUUCUGGAGAAGGCUAGUUCGGGACACAGCAGAAAUUCCAGCCGAGGGAGCAGCCCUGGAAGAUCUCCAGUACAUUAUGAUUCCAACAGAAACUCGCUUAUCGAUGAACAGAUUCAUGGGUUCAAAGUAAAUAUAAAGCCAGAAAAGAAGUCCAAGUUAUCUUCCGUUGUUCUAAAGAUGCGUGGAAUUGAUCAGGAAACAUGGAGACAGCAUGUAACUGGUGGAAAACUGAGGGAAAUAACGGAGGAAGCUAAAAUAUUUGCAGUUGGAAACAAGGGUCUUGGUGCUUUAUUUGUUCAUACUCCAGCUGGUGAGCUGCAGCGCCAAAUACGAGCUUGGCUUGCAGAGAAUUUCGAGUUUCUCUCUGUGACAGGUGGAGGUGAUGUUGCAGUGGGUGGUACAACAGGCCAACUAGAGCUUCUUUCAACAGCAAUAAUGGAUGGAUGGAUGGCAGGACUUGGUGCUGCAUUGCCCCCUACUACUACCGAUGCACUUGGCCAACUUUUGGCCCAGUAUUCAAGACGGGUCUAUACUUCACAGUUGCAGCACUUGAAGGAUAUAGCAGCUACUUUGGCUACUGAAGAAGCAGAGGACCCUGCCCAAGUGGCUAAACUACGUUCAGCUCUUGAGUCCGUCGACCACAAGAGAAGAAAGAUACUUCAACAAAUGAGAAACGACAUGGCAUUAUUAACACUAGAUGGUCACACUUCUCCAAUAAAGAAUCCUUCCACGGCAGCUGAGGAUGCACGCCUGGCUUCAUUAAUUUCACUAGAUGGGAUGUUGAAGCAAAUCAAGGAUAUAACGAGACAAUCAUCAGUAAGUACCAUUGGGAGGAGUAAGAAGAGGUCAUUGUUAGAAUCUUUAGAUGAGCUUGCUCAAAGGAUGCCGUCUUUACUUGACAUUGAUCAUCCUUCUGCUCAGCGACACAUUGCCCAAGUUCGUCGCCUAGUUGAGUCAAUCCCAGAGAAAGACGAUCAUCUUCAGGAGACAUCGACAAGUUCAUAUUUGGGAUCCAACAUAGAAACAGAGGUGGCUCAGUGGAAUGUUCUUCAAUUCAACACGGGUUCAACGAGUCCUUUCAUAAUAAAAUGCGGAGCAAACUCAAAUUCGGAACUAGUCAUCAAAGGGGACGCCCGAGUUCAAGAGCCGAAAGGAGGUGAGAUCGUGAGAGUGGUGCCAAGACCAACAGUUGUGGAAAACAUGAGCUUGGAAGAGAUGAAACAGACCUUCUCUCAACUCCCAGAAGCUCUAAGCUUAUUGGCUCUAGCCAGGACAGCAGAUGGAACCCGGGCACGUUACUCUAGGUUAUAUAGAACUCUUGCCAUGAAGGUCCCCGCUCUACGAGACUUGGUCAGCCAACUUGAGAAGGGCGGACUUUUGAGAGACGGGAAGCCAUGACUGACAGACCAUGGAAAUGAGGAUUUAUUUUUUGUCUAUCAAGAAGAUGGGCUUGUGUUGAUAUAUGUUUCCAAGAAUGCUCUUAAGUGGCAAUGGUUUGAAUGAAACUUUUACUUUGUUGUUUUUCUUGUAAUAUGUGUAUUCUAAUUCAUGUAUGGUUAACCAUUCUUAUGUUAUAGUAUGAA